AAACGAGCCAAUCGUUCAUUCUGAGUGGCUGGCAUCGCUGGAGGCAGUUACUCGCGCUCGUAUCCUCAAGAUGGCGGCAGCCAAGGACGGUGAUGGAUUGAGUGAAGUGGCUGUGGGGAAUGGGCGGCGGCUGCACCUAGGGAUUCCUGAAGCCGUGUUUGUGGAAGAUGUAGACUCUUUCAUGAAACAGCCUGGCAAUGAGACUGCAGAUACAGUACUAAAGAAGCUGGAUGAACAGUACCAGAAGUAUAAGUUUAUGGAACUCAAUCUUGCUCAGAAGAAACGGAGACUAAAAGGUCAGAUUCCUGAAAUUAAGCAGACUUUGGAAAUUCUAAAAUACAUGCAGAAUAAAAAAGAGGCCACCAAUUCACUGGAAACCAGAUUCUUACUGGCAGAUAACCUGUACUGCAAAGCUUCGGUUCCUCCUACUGAUAAAGUGUGUUUAUGGUUGGGGGCUAAUGUAAUGCUUGAGUAUGAUGUUGAUGAAGCUCAGGCUUUGUUGGAAAAGAAUUUAUCAACUGCCAUGAAGAACCUUGAUUCUCUUGAGGAAGACCUUGACUUUCUUCGAGAUCAAUUUACUACAACAGAAGUCAAUAUGGCCAGAGUUUAUAAUUGGGAUGUCAAAAGAAGAAGCAAAGACGAUUCUACCAAGAAAAAAGCAUAAUAUUAGCUGGCAAUUAAAAAUGUGGUUCAGUUUUCCAAACGUGUAACUUUAAAUUCCCCAGCAUUUUUCCUUAAAGAUUGACAUAACUUUAAUGAUUUUUUUUUAGCAGCAAGAAUGUUUGAAACUUAAAAAAGAUAAACACCAUUUUAUUUAUUUAUCAAAACAGUUCGUUUCAAAUAUUUUAUGAAAUUAACAGUAUUUUUUCACAUUUCCAAGCAAAAUUAAUACUGUUUUCAUCUUUUUUUUUGACUGUCUGUUAUAAAGGCAACUCUUAACUGAAAUUGGUGGAAAACUGAUGUAUGCUAUGGAAGCUGAAUGCUGGGCAUUAGCACACUUUACUUCUUACUGACUUACGUGGUUAAAUCAUUUUAGAGGUAGAAAAGACAGACAGUUUUAGUAUUUGUAAACUUAUUUUUUUAGUACUUGUAGGACUUUAUAGUCCUCUGUUGCUGUUGUCUUCUGUCGAUGGGGUUUCGUGAGUUACUGCUUGACCAAUAACUACUAUGAUAUUCUGAACUUUUCAGAAAAUGCUGAUUUGCCUUCCUACACAAUAAGAGGGCUAUAGCACUUCUAACACCAAAUAAGUGCACAAUGUCUUUCCCAUGCCGGCAUAAGGGAGAUCAUAGCCAAUGUGAAAUAGUACUGCACAGUCGAAAUCCUUAGCUAAGGUGAUUUUAUAUUUCUUAACAGUUCUCUAACAGUAAUAUUAAGAUAAAUGUAAAUCUGUAAUGGUUGAAAAGAAUUAGGAGCCUUUUUAUUCAUGAUAAACCUGCAUAGGAAUAGUAAAAAAAAAAUCCCUCUGGAAAGUCGUUGGUACAGUGGCAAGUACUGGGUAAUACAGAUUUGAGUAAAAACACAAAUGUAUUAUUAUUCUAUCUCCAUGUAGUAAAAAGUAUACUUGUACAAUGUUUUGUACUUGUAUUUCAUGUUAUUAAAACAAAAUAGUGAUGUUGAAACUGGCAUGUGAGACUUUUUUCAUAAUUACUCUUGUUUUAAUCUGUUUGGGUGGCUGUAAUAGAAUACCAUAGAUUGGGUAGCUGAGAAACAACAGGUAUUUAUUUCUCAUAGUUUUGGAAGUUGGGAAGUCCAAGAUCAAGGUGCUGAUAGAUACAGUGUGUGGUGAGGUUUACUGUGUGGUUCAUAGCACCUUCUUGCUGUGUCUUCACAUGAUGGAAGAGACUAGGGAACUCCCUUGGGCCUCAUCUUUACGGGCACUAAUGCCAUUCAUGAGGGCUCACUUCCCAAAGGUCCUAUGUCCUAGUACCAUCACUCUAGAGGUUAGGAUUUCAACAUCUAAAUUAUGGGAUGACAAAAAUAUUGAGACUACAACCAUCUUUAUAAAGUUAACAAUGUCUUUUCACAUAUUUGUAAAAUUUAUUUACCUGCACAUACCUAGCAUAUUCUAAGAGCUUUUGACAUAUGUAGAAACAGUAUAAAAUCACUUUGGAAGGAAUACAGUUAAG